AUGGCAGCAGUGGCGGUGCUCCGGAAUGAAACUCUCCAGGCUUUUCUCCAGGACCGCACUCCCAACUCUUCUCCGGAGAACUGUAAGCACUCCCCUCUGGCGUUGCUCGCGGCCACUUGUAACCGGAUAGGGCACCACCACGGCUCCGGGCCCGCAGACUUCCUCCAGGUCCCGUACGACCCAACACUGGGCUCUCCUUCGCGCCUGUUCCACCCGUGGACUAACGAGGGCUCCGCAGCUGCGCCAAACCCCACUUUUGGACUAUCCAAGCCGCAGUUGUCCUCGCACAUCCAGAGCUCCUUCAGUGCCCCACAUGAGCUCCCUCUCACGCCCCCGGCGGACCCCUCGUACCCCUACGACUUUUCCCCGGUCAAGAUGUUGCCCUGCUCCAUGCAAUCCAGCUGCCCCCCUCCCACAUACGUCCCUGCUGUCAGUUACGCGCCCAGUCCCAUCGCCCCCGCCAUGUCCAGCUUCGUCCAGCAGCAGAGACAGUUGUCCCCGAACCCGGGGGACGACAUCCCGUGGUGGAGUCUGCAGCAGAGUAACCAUGUGGGACACUCGCCCUCUCUGGGGCCACACCGCUUCCAGCUGCAGAGAGGCUUAGUUUUGGGACAUUCGGACUUCGCACAGUAUCAGACUCAGAUCGCAGCGCUUCUUCACACCAAGUCUCCUCUGGCCACGGCCAGAAGGUGUCGGAGGUGCCGCUGUCCCAACUGUCAGACGUCCACGUCCAGUGACGAGCCCGGGAAGAAGAAGCAGCACAUCUGCCACAUCCCGGGCUGCGGGAAAGUUUACGGGAAGACCUCACAUCUGAAGGCGCACCUGCGCUGGCACUCAGGGGAGAGGCCGUUUGUGUGCAACUGGCUUUUCUGUGGCAAAAGCUUCACACGCUCAGACGAGCUGCAGAGACACCUGCGCACGCACACGGGAGAGAAGCGCUUCGUGUGUCCGGACUGUUGUAAGCGCUUCAUGCGCAGUGACCAUUUGGCCAAACACGUUAAAACGCACCAAAACAAAAAGAGCAAAUGUCACGACAAGACACUGGAACACGUGAAGAGGGAAGACCCGCGGAGUCUGCUGUAG